GACAGAACCACAUCUUCAUGAUGAACAAUUGGUGAAAGUGGCAGAAUCAAAAACGAUUCAGAAAAUCAUCGAGAAGAAUGUCAAGAAAAUCAGAGAGGGUGGAUGAACGCCCCAUGGAUCCGGGGCUCAAACUUGGUACUACUUGAAUGCAAAAGAAAAAGUACAAAUGAGCAGUACGCGGGAUGGGCAAAUCUUGGCUUUGGGCCCUGUUUUCUGCGACGAUGACAACGAUGACAAUGAUGGCAUACGUCACUGUAACGACGGCUACCUCAACUUCGGUACCGUCUCUCGCUACAACAACCAGCAGCGAAAUUUUCGAUACGAAAAGGGCAGGUAUCGAAGAAGCUCUGGAUGUAAUAGAGGCGGCAUCGACCGGGUCACUGGGUGAAGACUGUGCCACAACAGCUGGUUUUAAAUCUUUACCAACUGUCGUAGCACUUGAUCCUCGACGUUACGAUACUGCACGUCAAAAAGCUGACAUGACAGCUCUGAUGCUCCAAAAUCUCGGCACUGUUGGAGUAUCAAGACAUAAUGAUGUGUUAGCAAAAUCAUUGCUGAUGUCAGUGAACGAUGCUGUAGAAACAAGGGUGAUCGCACUAAAUGCGUCUACGGGUGCCGUGAUUAGCGCAGUCUGGUUGGAAAGAAGCCCAGGAAGCGUUGGAGAACCAUUCAAGGUCGACAGUCACGCACUCCAGCCAGGAUCUACACCAGAUCCAAAUUUACCAUGGUUUGAAAAUGCGGGUGCCACUACAGAACUGAGGUCACCGAAAUUCAUGCAGUCACCGCCGAUUGAAUCCUACAGGGGUUGGUGGACCAUCCCGUAUUUCUCCUGCAAAAGUCAUCGCUGGUUGAUUUCGUACAGUGUUAACAUACGGCCGUCAGAUGCUCGUCAUGGGGUUCGAGAAUUCUUAAGCGUAGAUAUCGAUAUCAGCGGGCUAGAAAUAAAUCAAUGUGACGCAUCGUCGUUAAAUAAUGAGAACGAACUUCUAAGUAAUCAAAUAGCAUCUUUUAAAGGCACGCACAAAUGUCAUACCGACACAACGCAGUGUGAAUAUCAAACUCCAAAUAAUCGUAUAAAUCAAAACGGUGUCGGUGCUGGUUGGGCGAAAGGUGCAUAUGUAUGCAAAUGUCGGAAAGGUUAUUACAGCAAGAACCAAUAUCAAUCUGUUUUUGAUGGAAUUCUCGUCGAGGCUGCGUGGAAGGAAAUGCAAGAGAACAUAAGCGAUUCGUACGUAACGGUGUUUCGCUGUUUACGUUGUGCACCGGGAUGUGCCAAGUGUAAGGGACCUGAACCCUGUCUAGCCACCUACAAUUGGCCCUUCCGAAUCUCUCUUCUAUCGGUCUCUAUUUUCUGUGUAUUUGGUACUAUUAUCCUAGUGGUCUAUAUGUAUCAACAGCGUAAGCUUAAAGUGUUCAAGGUCGCUUCGCCGAUAUUUUUGUCCAUUACGCUUUUGGGUUGUGCUAUUAUGUAUCUCGAAAUGGCCGCAAUAUUUCCCGUUUUGGAUAUGUACUCGUGCAUCGCUACGAAAUGGACGAGACAUCUCGGUUUUUGUAUUUCUUAUACUGCAUUGUUGAUGAAAACUUGGAGAGUUUCUCUCACAUACCGUGUGAAAAGCGCGCAUAAGGUAAAACUUACGGACAAACAACUGCUGCAGUGGAUGUUUCCAAUAUUGUUAGUAAUGUUAAUUUAUCUUGGUACGUGGACUUUGAGUGCACCGCCAUAUGCUGAAGUAAUAGCUGACAAUUAUGGUCUGAAAUUCUACCAAUGCUCUUUCAACUGGUGGGACCAUAGUUUAGCAAUCGGGGAAAUUAUGUUUCUUGCAUGGGGUAUUAAAGUGUGUUACAACGUUCGCAACGCAGAAAGUCUCUUUAACGAGGCCCGUUUAAUAAGCUACGCUAUUUACAAUAUAGCAGCUGUGAAUAUAACCAUGAUCGCUAUUCAUCUUUUCAUUUUUCCUCAUGCUGGCCCAGAUAUCAAGUAUUUAUUAGGUUUCUUACGUACACAGCUGUCUACUUCUGUCACCAUAUUUCUUGUAUUUGGACCCAAGGUGCUUCGAGUUUUACGAGGUCAAGGUGAUCAAUGGGAUAGUCGUGCUAGAGCCCGUGGUGUUACAGCGAGUUUCUCAUUAAACGGGAUCGGCCUUGUAUCCGAAGAAGCGACUGAUUUACAUCAGGAAAACGAGGAACUGAAGGAAGAAAUUCAAAAAUUAGCAGCGCAAAUAGAAUUUAUGAAAAUCGUACAUAUGGAAAUGUACAAUCGUCACAUAAAACCGAAAGCAGGUGGAUAUUUCACUACUCAUGGGCAUAGUCACAGUCAUCCGUCCUCGGCACAGAGUCCCAUUGCCAAAAGUUCGACAGCCAGUUUUAUAUUGAAACAGACGGCCGUGGAGCGAGGUGCGAGUGCGGCCGCGGCUGCCGCGGUCGAAGAUUCUACUUUUCCUUCUGGAAGCUUGCAUCGGGCACGUAGGAUGGAAUUCCUUAGAGAGCGCAAAGCUGAGAGGGAAAGAGAACGGGAGAAAGGGCGGGAAAAGGAAAGGGAAAAGGAAAAAGAGAAGUACAAAGAAAAAUAUGAGAAGGAGAAAGAGAAAGAAAAGGAGAAGGAAGGUACAGCGAAAGAAAAAGAAGCAGAAAUGGAAAGAGAGAAGAAUAAAGAGAAACAAGCAGAGAAAGAAAAAGAAAAGCAGGAUAGAAAGCAAGAAGAGAAUGUUGAAACAGGCGGAGAAGUCUGACUAGUACUGAAUAGCGAAGAGAUAUGGUUAUGACAAACGCGAAGCGCUAAGAAGAAUAGAAAAAUGAAAGAUAAAUAUGACUGGGAGGAUAAAAAACAAAAGAAGCAAAGGAAACUUAAAUGGUAUCCUUUAAUAGACAAAAGGCGUUCAUGGUUUGUAUAAAUCAAAGAACUAUCUAAUCAGCAAAUAGUGAAUACUAAAUCCGUAUAACGUGUCAUUUGCUUGUGGUGGCAAUGUCUCCUUGUUAGCUUUAUUGUAAAUUAUUUAUGUGACCACCAAAUGAUACCUCGUUGUACGA